AUGGAUAUGGAUUGGUCCCCUCAAGGUCAAGUAGUGUGUUCUUCUAUGUGGAAAUUUCCACAUAGAAGAACACUAAAAGAAAAGGAGAUCAAAUGCAACAUUGCAGGUUCAACUUUAGGGAUUCCUUCUUUGUGUGCUUGUGAUGGCAUUUUCAGAAAUGACUUGAUGGAUCACUUGGAUAGUUUCUCUUCUUUUAUUGGUCCAGACAAUGUGUUUUUCUCUAUAUUAACUGGUGCAAUGUUAGCAUUAGAGGGUUUGGAUAAAAAAUUUAAGAAGCUUUGGCUAGAAACAAGUUUAAUGGUAGUGGCAUUUUUAGGUAAUUUGAUGGAUCACCUGGAAAGUUUCUCUUCUUUUAUUGGUCCAUACAAUAUCUUUUUCUUUGUAGCAACUGAUGCAAUGUUGGCUUUGGAGGAUUUGGAUAAAAAUUGGAAGAAGCUCUGGCUAGAAAAAUAUUUAAUGAUAAACAGAACAAAAAAUUCUUGUUCACAUGGUUUUUGUUUCAUCUAUUUCUCAGUAACUUGUAAACUCUCUUCUCUUACAUCUUUCCCAAUAAUUCUUCAAGCCACUAAAGUUAGGAUGCUGCAGAUUUCCAAGAAAUUCACACCAUUCUUUAUUGUAUUCUUCAUAGCAUUUUCUGUUGUUCUCAUCACGCACUCAAAAUCAAGUUUCUUUCUCUUUGAGGUGUUUACAAGUGACAAGAUGCAAUUAGUUGGAGAAAAUAAAAAUGCUCACAACAUUACAAAUGUUACAACCAAUAGAGGAGAAGUUCAUAACAUAUCAGGUCACAACUUCAAAGGAGACUAUAACAAUGUCGAAAAUAACACCGCGUCAAAGGUGGAAGAAAAGUUUGAAAAUGGCUCAUUGAUAAGUUACACAAAUAAAAUAGAGAAAUUUCUUGAUGGACUUCUAGAUUCUAGAUUUGAUGAACCAUCAUGCAUGAGUAGGUAUGAAUCUCAUUUAUAUCGCGAAGCUUCCCCUCAUAAACCUUCUUUAUAUUUAAUAUCGAAACUACGAAACUAUGAAGAAAUUCAUAGAAGGUGUGGACCUAAUAGUAAAGCUUACCACAGAAGCAUGACAAAGAUUUUACAUUCCAAGAGCAUUAAAGGUGAUGCUGCAAUGUGCAAAUAUCUUAUUUGGAAACCCGCUAAUGGUUUAGGGAACCAAAUGGUUAGCAUGGUUGCGACAUUUCUAUAUGCUCUCCUCACAAACCGCGUGAUGCUCGUAAGUUUCGGGAAAGACAAACAAGGUCUAUUUUGCGAACCGUUUCUGAAUUCCACUUGGCUAUUACCAGAAAACUCUCCAUUUUGGAAUGAAAAUCAUGUUGAAACAUAUCAAAGCAUGAUAGAGAAGGAAAAAGCUAACAAUAAUUCAAAUCUGGAUUUGCCUUCAGCACUUUUUCUCAAUCUACAAUACCAAAAAAAAAUUCAUGAGAAGUUUUUUCAUUGUGAUGAUAGUCAAGCUCUUCUCGUUAGGGUUCCUUUGUUGAUUUUGCGAUCAGAUCAAUAUUUUGUACCUUCUCUUUUCAUAACGCCUUUUUUCAACAACGAACUUGAGAAAAUGUUCGUCGAAAAAGACACGGUUUUUCACCAUCUAGGACGCUACCUCUUCCAUCCUUCGAAUUCGGCAUGGAGACAAAUCACAGAUAUCUAUCAAAGAUACUUGGCUAAAGCAGAUGAGAAAAUAGGCCUUCAGAUAAGAGUUUAUAAGCCUACCGCAACUCCUCAGCAAGUAAUCAUGAAUCUAGUUUUAAAUUGCACACUAGAAAAUAACCUCCUUCCGAAAGUACUUGAUAUAAAAAGUUCAUUCUCUUCUAUUGGCAAAGACAAAGCGAUUAAGAAGGUAGUUCUUGUGGCGUCUUUAAAUCCACAAUACGGUGAGAAUUUAAAGACGAUGUAUAUGAAUAAAUCAACGGUUACAGGACAAGUAAUAGAAAUUUUUCAACCAAGUCAUGAAGAGCAGCAAAAAUUUUAUGACAAUGAGCAUAAUAUGAAGGCUUGGGUUGAUAUGUACUUGCUAAGUUUAUCUGAUGUAUUGGUUACUACUUCUUUGUCUACUUUUGGUUAUGUAGCUCAAGGUUUGGGAAAUUUGAGGCCUUGGAUACUUUAUAAGGUAGUAACAAAUAAAACUCAUUUUCCAGCUUGUGAAAGAGAGUUCUCAAUGGAACCUUGUUAUCAUUCUCCUCCUAAGCAUUUUUGUAGUGGAAAGCCUAUAAUAGAAUUUUCUUCUUCUUUUCUCUAUAUGAGGGAAUGUAAGGAUUAUGGUUUUGGUGUAAAGCUUGUUAAUUAAUGGUUUUAAAUAGUUAGAGAUGUUUCAUGGCUAUACUACUCUUUUAGAUUUAUUAUGCAAAAUUGAAAGUGCAAAAUCCCUUACUGAUAUUCUAAGUUGUAACUAUGUGCUUCUUUUUUAAGUUAGAAUUAGAAACAGAACACAAAUCUCUUGUUGACCGUUUUCUAAAAGCCUGGGUAAUAGAGCCCAUAAAAAUAUUGAAUACUUAAAUUAAAAUCAACUAAAGUGAUAAUAAAAUCCCUAAUUUCACUAUACACAUUCUCCAAAAAAAUUGAAAUUCACAAAAAAGAAAAGAAAAAAAAAAAAACUUACACAUCAAGAAAGCAAUGCUGAUAGAAUGGAAGAGAGGAGACGAUGAUUCAAUGCAGUGGCGGUGGUCGGUAUGAAGAAGGAAAGCCGCCGGUCGCGAGCCUACAGCGGCGGUGGAUGACGAGCUUUCGUUCGUCGUUCUUGUUUCAUCGUUGUUCGUAUGCAAUGGUGGACGGUGGUACUGGGACGGGAGACAGAUAGUGAUGAAUCUGAGGUUUUAAA